AGAACAAGACAGAGAGAACGGUUUUCACCUCACAUACACCAAUGGAGUGGAAGAAGUGUUAUCUUGAUGUAAUAUUGGUGCCAUUAUCGUUUUUUAUCACCAUCGGUUAUCACCUUUGGCUAUGGCACAAGGUUCGGAAUCAACCACUGACUACCAUUAUUGGCACCAACAAUCGUGGACGCCGCUUGUGGGUAUCCGCCAUUAUGGAGAACUUGAACGUGUUGAGUUGGAAUAGAGAAUAUAACGGGGUUCAGUUUCGUGCACGGAUCCAGGUUCUUACACAUUUUUAUGACAACGAUAAGAAAAACAUUUUAGCCGUUCAGACACUUCGAAACACGAUAAUGGGAGCAACCCUGAUGGCCACUACAUCGAUACUUCUAUGCUCGGGUUUAGCAGCAGUUAUUAGCAGCACGUAUAGUAUUAAAAAACCAAUCAAUGAUACUGUUUACGGGGCACAUGGAGAAUUUAUGGUAGCAUUAAAAUACGUAACUCUUCUCCUUGUCUUUCUCGCAUCUUUCAUGUGUCACUCUUUAUCAAUUAGGUUCAUCAACCAAGUUAACUUCCUGAUCAACUGCCCAUCGGAAUCAUCAGUUACUUGUGAGUAUGUUGCAGAGCUUUUAGAAAAGGGUUUCACGCUUAAUGCAGUGGGGAAUCGGCUUUUCUAUUCAGCACUUCCGAUUGUGCUUUGGAUUUUUGGGCCUGUGCUUGUGUUUGUGUGCUCGGUGACAAUGGUGUCUAUGCUUUAUAACCUAGAUUUCGUGUUUGGAAAAUUGAAGGAGGAGAAGAUGAGUGAGAUACCAAAUGGGGUGUAGUUUUAAACCUAGUAUAAUGCUAUCUCAUGUAAUGGAAACAUCAAAAUGGACUAAUGUUAGUUUACUUGUCCUUGAAGAAAUUCGAGAUGCUUAUAUCAUUCAAAGUAUCUUCUGAGUCGGUGUAAGUUCAGUCGUAUCGGCUAGGCCAAGAUUUCAAUAUCAAUCAAGGCAAACGUGUGUUGCAUUAAAGU